UUCAUAGGUACCAUAACACCACUUGAUCCCGAGCUGGUUGUGGGUUCUAACGUGACUAUUACAUGCAAACUAAACCGGACACUGACAUCAAGCAACGCCUCAGAAAUAAAAUGGCUAAAAGAUUACAAAAGUAUUGGACCGGAUAUAACUAUACAUGUAAUUUCAACCACAGAGGCACAGAUAACCUUAUAUAAUGUAACAUUUGAUGAUAAAGGUAUGCUGAUUAGCUGCUUCCUUCAAAGUGAUUCAAAAGUAGAGACAAUAAUAGAGGUUGGAAUUGCACCUCCUCCACCAACAUUACAAUGCAGAUCAACAAACAUUUCUGUUUUUUGGUGUGAGUGGUCUAAAAACUACACCGGAAUGAAGAAUAACUACACUUUCCAAUUUAAAAAGCCUGAAGAAUCAAAGUGGGAAGAUUGUCCAAGUAUUCAUCGUAUUAACAGUCACAAAGACAUGUGCACAGUGGCUAGUUAUCCUAUACAUCCAUAUUUAGUAAGGGUUACAGCUAAAAAUAUUUUUGGAAGCGGAAACACAACCUCAAAAUUUAAUGCUUAUGAAGAAGCAAUUCCUCUACCUCCUGUCAUUGAAAAAGUUUUAGCUGGCAAAAGUAGUAUUCAGGUGUUUUGGAAAUUGCAAGAAGACUUCAAAUAUUCCCAUACUUUGAGAUAUCAACUUCGCUACAGGUUGCAUAAUACAAAUUGGACAAUGGUGCGACCUGAAACACGUCAUAAGAAUUAUACUAUAGAAGUCUUUGAGAUUGGAAGUAAAUAUGAAUUUGAAGUACGCUCAAAGUUUCUUCGUAAGGAAUUCAGUAAAUGGGGUCCUAAAAGUGUAGUAUCUGUUCCAGAACCUGUUAAUUUGAUGGUCACUACCACAGCCCCAGAAACAACCUUGGACCAGUUUAUGUUGCAGUGGAGAAAACCAGCAGAAAACAAACCUAGUGUUGAGUACUACGAGAUCAGCGGGGACUGCACUCACCAAUCUUUGAAUAUGACUCGUGUAGAUACAAAUUAUAUUAUCUUUGACGUUCCGUGUGACAAUGAAUAUGAUGAGAGGAUCGUCAGUUAUAAUUUCCAAGUAACGGCAGUCAGUUUUGCUGAAGAGGUUGUUGUCAAGGGUCAACCAAGCUUUUUACCCUAUGAAUUUGAUUGCCAAAAAGCAGUGCGAACAACUAAGAAAGAUGGAUUGCUAACUAAAACACCAAGUAACCAUAUGCCGACAAUUACGAAAGAAGAUUUGAUAACAAGGAACCCAACUGAUAAUCCACUGAGCUUAGUUGUUCCCGUCCUUUUAGUUGGAAUUCUAUUUCUAAUUGGACUGCUGUUUUGGUUGUGCUUUCAACGAUAUUUUCAUAAGCAGCUCUUCAUUAAGUGGCCUGAACCAAAGUUUUUUAAAGUGGAAAUAAAUGCUACUUUCCAACCUCGACAAAUUGAAAAAGAAGUUUUUGAUGAUUUAAAGACCAAGUCAGACUGCUUACCUUCACCCCAUAGUUCCACAAGCUCUGACCAGGGAUUCCAUGAGCUAAGCCCUCAUCUGCCAAUAGGUAAAGAAAAAAGCAGUACUUAUGUGAGAGCACCAUUAGUUGAUUCAAAUGAGACCGACUAUCAAGUCUCAUCAGUUAAGGAAGGCAUCACAGAGUACCUUCAACUGCAGCAGACAGGCUACCACGACAUACUGCAGUUGUCUCCACUACAAACUGAUCAUAAGAGGAUCGAAAACAACUCUGAUCCUUACACAUCCAUGCCACCGAUGUCGUCGGGCCUUGAUAAACUGCCUGGAAGUCAAACACCAUUGAGUUAUGGUGGUACAGAUCCUUAUUGCAAAUUACACGAGGUUGAGCCAAUAUCAAGUGAAAACGAUAAACUGACUCAGUAUAUCCCGGUAUUUGAAAUUAACGAGACAGACUACAGCGCAGAAGAUGAGGAUGUUAUUAAUUUUGAAGACGAGAUUCAAAACCUGCUCAAUGGUGCUCCAAAACUUGAAACUAUGAACUAUGUAUGCCAAGGUGAUAGACAGAUUCUUUGAAAUCAAAGAAAUUAUGUGUGUGAUUUGAUUGGUGAAAUUAUGUUUAGUUGCACUGUAGUCACAGAAACACCAUUGACAGAAAAUUAUGUACUGUAUGUCCAAACUUUCGGUAUCAUGCUUUCUAAAAGUAUAAAAGUGUGUGGAAAAGGUAUACCUCAGGGUCACAAUAAACAAAUCAUAACAUUCCAAACAACCGUCAAAAUUUAGUGGUGGCUCCAGAAAGUAGUUGCCAACAAGGGGCCGACAUCUCCGACGGAGGGGUCCAAACCAAGGGGCCGACCUACAGUAGAGCCUCUAUCGGGUUCUUGGAAUAAAAAAUCCCUGGUACGGUUCAUGUUUUAUGGCUUAGUAUGGUCCAAAUUUUGCUUUCAGACCACAAUAUUAGGGAUUGGCAGUGACAGCGAUGCUGUUUUUAACAAAUCUGGACACUUAAUA